AUGCCGCGUUCCUACCUCAAGAUUGCUGCGCCGUCCGACAAGGUCAUGGUAAUGACGAACACGAGGAACUUUGACGCAUGGCUGGAUACGAGCCAGACUCCGCAACUGGGAGACUUCAAGAGACUCACGAUUCGAGGUCCCAGGCGAGGAAAGUACGCAAAGCAAGUGAGGCUGAGGAUGUGCAGUGACGGCGUUCCGAUCUUCGCGACUGGGUCGAAAAGGAGCAUACCAAUUGCCAGUCGGAUCGAUGACUUUCUCUUCGCCAAGAACGUCACCGGUCUGCCGUGGAAGGAGACCGAUCGCCGAGUCAGCAACGCGACCAAGGCCAUGCGGAAGCAUGAGUUUUGGGAGCGCUAUCGUUCGGCAGCAGAAGUUGACAAGGCACAAUGGAAGUCGCUCCAGGACGCUAUGGCCAGAGAUGACUGUGUCGUGGACAUUACAUUUGGGGGGGAAUGGAAUCAGGUCGGUCCCAACGCUCAGACGCCUCAGGUAGUAUGGACACCGACAGUACCACUAGAGACUAAGCUGUCUCCGUCCGCGCCCCCUUUUCGGCCACAGGGUGCAACGACAGGGUCCGCCAGGAGCGGAAAUCGUCGUCCUGGGAGUUCCGGGUUGCGCAAUGAAGUACAGCUGUAG